ACAAAUAUGAGAUCCCUACAAUUAUUGCUCUUGGGUGCCAGCUGUGCUCUCAUAGUCAGCUUUGCCUUCGCCCAUCCGCCCGAAGGUGUUUGGAAAAAGAAACUCACAUGGAAAGAAGAUUGGGUACAGGUUUGGAAGACCGUCAAAAAAGAAGCAUGGGAAACCAAAUGGAAAAAGAUACAGGUGCCCAUUUGGAAAGAGGUCAAAGUGCCCGUGUGGAAAGAGGAACAAGUACCCGAUUGGAAGAUUGUGAAAAAACCCCACAUCGAAGAACGUGAAGUUCCCGCCUGGAAAGAAGUCAAAGUACCGGAAUGGAAGAAAAUCACCAAACCCAUUUGGAAAGAAGUCCAGGUGCCAGUGUGGAAGGAAAUUCAAGUUCCCGUGUGGAAAGAAAUCCAAGUACCCGUCUGGCGUGAGAUAAAGGUACCCGUUUGGAAAGAAAUCCAAGUGCCCGUCUGGAAGGAAAUUCAAGUACCCGUCUGGAAAGAGGUACAAGUACCCGACUGGAAGAAAAUGUUCGUUCCCGAAUGGGUCAAGAUGGGCAUUCCCGGUGAAAAGUAUCUCGGCAAAGAUCACGAGGGUUGGGAAUACACCAGUCACGAUCUGUGGCGCAAAAAGCUGAUAUGGAAACCUGUCUGGAAAAAGGUUUGGCGUACCGAAAAGAAGCAAGAAUGGAAAACCGAAAAGAAACAAGAAUGGAAAACCGAAAAGGUCCAAGAAUGGAAGAUCGAAAAGAAACAAGAAUGGAAGACAGAAAAGGUCCAAGAGUGGAAGACGGAAAAGAAACAAGAAUGGAAGACCGACAAAAAACUCGAAUGGAAAGUUGAAUGGAUUCAAGUCUGGAAGCCGGUGAAGAAACAAAUUUGGAUCAAAGAGAAACGUGAAACAUGGGUCGAAGAGAAGGUACAAAUCUGGCGCACAGAAAAGAAACAAGUCUGGGCCACAGAAAAGAAACAAGCCUGGAAGGACGAAUGGAAGGCCGUGCAAGUGCCCGUCUGGAAGGAGGUCAAGGUGCAGGAAUGGAAAAAGGUGUGGAAACCAGUAUGGGAAAAGGUGUGGGUACCCACACCUCACCAUGAACAUGGCUGGGAUUAAGUCCGUGUCACUCCGUGUCACCUCAUCUUCAUUCCAUCCAUUCACCAGCUAUUUAGGUAGACUAGUUAAGUAAGACAAAUCAUCAGACUUCUUUUUUCUCUUUCAAACGAGACCAUUCGUUUGAUCGAACGGUCGUUCGUUCGAUCGUAUGCGCCCAUGAACCAAGUGCAGUUUGGAUGCCACAGUACUGAAACCAUCAUUAAUGUUUAUUUUUUUUAAUAAUUUUUCUCCUUCUCUCUCUCUCUCUCUCUCUCUCUCUCUGUAUCGCUCGCUCAUCAAUGUUAAUAAAUUAUUAUUUAAGUUAUUUUUGUUUUCAUUCUGUCUAACUUUUGUGAAAGCAAAGAGAGUCAAUGCUCUCCAGUUCCCCAAUUCUUUUCUCUUACCCAAAUUACCUUUUCAGUUAUCCUUGCAAAAUUUAUUUUAUUUAGCAUUCCAAUUUUUUUUAUUUUCCAUUUAAUUUUUUUAUUUUUGUUAUAAAAAUUGUUAAACUAUUUUUUCUCUAGAAUAAGUUCUUUUGUACAAAUUAGUCAUUCACUCUUAACGUUGUUGUUGUUGUGAGGCUUUUAUUGUCAACCCAAAAUACACGUUAAGAGUUAAUUUUACACAAACCAAUCAUUAUACAAAAAA